AUGGAGGCCCAUUCAUACACAGCACCGGCAAGAGUGAAGGCUCUCUUGGUGCCACUGGGCAACAUUUCUGAAUCUGCAUUCAAAAAGUACGUGGGAAAAGUGAGGUCUUCGUUUGAAGUUCGACUAGUUGAUGUCACACCAACGGAGAAUUCAUUAUUCAAUCCUCAAGGUUUCCCCAAUGGUCGUGUUAUUUAUGAUUUCCAAUUAUCUCUGAAUGAUCAAGAAUCCAUCUUUUUGCAUGAUUUUGAACCUUUUAGAAAAACUUUUGUUGUCAUUGGUAUAACUGAUGACCCAAAUUGUUCAAAUGAUGAUAUUAUCAAGUUGAGUAAGCUUUAUAAAUCUUCAAUCACUCAUACUGCUAUUGUCUUUAGCUCAAAAUCAGAAAACGAAUCUAAUGGCGGAAAAAUCUUCUAUCAAUCCAAGACAAAUAUUGAAACCAUCUUGUGUGAUAUUACUAGAAAUUUUCUAAAUGAUUUAGCUGCAUAUUUAUCCUCAUUCCAACACAUUACUCUGAGGUCGCCUGGAACGAUUGGAAGCAAUGACAGAAUAAAGACAAUGGAGACUAAAAAGAAACGAAUAAGCUCUGGAUCAUCUUUAUCAUUAUCAUUAGGCGAUUCGUCAAACCCAAAACUAUCAUUAAGCUCUUCAACAGAACGUCGUCAAUCAAAAGUUAAAGGAAGACAACUCAAAAUUUUGGGUAACUUGUAUUUGUUGGCUGGUAAAUACAAUAAUGCUUUAAAAGAAUUCAAUGAUGCUGUCCCACUACUACGAACAUGCUCUGAUUAUCUAUGGUUAGGCUCAACUUUAGAAGGUAUUGGUGUAUGUUUAGUCAUGUUAACAUUUUUAGGUGUUCCAUAUCAAAUGCCAUCAUCACUGAAUAGUGUUUUACAUACAACUUUAACAAUCCCAACUCCAUCUUCCACUCCUGCAUCUACCCCAAGAAAUUCAAUGGCUAUUAAUGGUAAUAGUGCCACCCCAUCUUCUGAUAUCAGCCGGUUUUCCACACCAGAAUUAAUCCAUCACUUGACAGUCAAGGUUUUAUAUUAUUAUGAAAUUUCUCAAAACGAUCAUGAAGAUUAUGUACCUCAGCUAGUUUAUUGUGAAUCCAUCCUGAGAUUUGUCAAGUUUAUGUGUGUCGUGAAUAUCGGGGGUGGUUUUAACAAUUCAACAAUUGAUCAUAUAGUUAGAGGUAAAAAAAUUUAUCCAAAACUCCAAAAUUCACUAUUUGACAAGAUGGAUAUUUUGAAGUUUUCAAAUAAAAUAUUGACAGUUCAAUUGAAGGAUAUGGAUAUUUUAUCACAAGCUAAAAUCUAUUCAUCACUAGCUUCCAUCUAUGGUGAUUUGAAUCUCCUGAGGAAGAGAAGUUUUAUUUUAAGGACCUUGUUUGUUAGUUUGAUACCUGAGCUAUCAAAUAAUGAUCAUUCAACAAAGACCUAUGAACUAUCAGAGCUGCUUGACACAAUCCUGUCAAUCUAUGGGAUUGGAAGGUCACCAGAGACAGCACUUGAAGAUUCAUUUGCAAGUAGAUGGGUUCAACUUCACAAAUCAGUCAUUCAACUAUGUAUUAUAAUCUGCUCCAAAGUGGGUGACAAUCGUCGUGUCAUUUUAUUCAAAUCAUUAUUGCUGACAAGAUAUAGUGAUUCAUUAACUGAUAAUGAACAAUCAAGACUAUUGACUGAGAUUCAAUCAAUCUGCAGGGCCAAUGACUUACCAUUCACUUAUUUUGAUCCAUUCUUGGUUAGAAACAUAGAGAUUAUCAAGCCUAUAAAUACACCAAAGAAACAAAAACAAGCAAGCAUUACAAAUAAUAAAGAAGAUCCGUUCAUUUAUAACCCAUAUGCCAAACCGAUAUCUUCAGACGGUGUCUAUUUAGUACAAGAUGAAUUUGUUGAGUUCCAGAUAUCAAUUCAAAACCCGUUUGCUUUCCAAUUAAACAUUAACGAUAUUCAAAUAGAUCAAUUUGAAACUUUUAGAAAUCAUUUUGUUAUUCAACCAAAGGCAAUUAAUACAUUAAGCGUACUAGCCAAACCUUUAAAAUCUGGAACUGCUCAAAUCUCAAGCAUAAAUAUUAAAGUUUUCGAUUGUCAAUUACAAAGUUUCAAAAUUGCUAAAACUUUGAAAAGUGAAGUUGUUAGGAAAUUGAAAAAUGAUAAAUCAUUUCAUUCUAAGGUUUUGGAAGAAUAUGAAGAAAAUUUAACCAAAAAUAGAGUUGAUGGUAAAGUUAAUACUGAUGAAUUGACACUGAAUGUUAUUUCUGCACAACCAAAUAUUCAAAUCUUAUCAAAACCUGACCAUUUAAUGCUAUUAGAAGGUGGAUCAGAGAAGUUACAAUUAACAAUUAAGAACAACUCACCAGUUCCUGCAAACCAUUUGGAAUUUUCAGUAUGGGAUUCCACUAUUGACCCAUUGAAAAACGUCUUGAAUAACAAAGGUUUACCAGCUAAUGAAGUUUAUGAGAUUGAAUUCUUUUUGUUCAAGAAUCCUUUGAAGAUCAUCAAUGAAAUUGCGGAAAUCAAACCAUAUGAAACCAUAACUUUAGAUUUAGAGAUCCAGGGGAAAAGAGGAAUGCACCAAGUCAAUUUGAUUUUGGAUUAUGGUAAUAAAGUUGAAGAUGAAAUAUAUACAAGAAGAGUUGAAGUUCCAAUCAGAGUGAUGGUGAAUCCUAGUACUGAUUUGGCAGGAUGUGAUGUCAUUCCAUUAGUACAACAAGUUGAUUCAAAAAGGGGAGAUGUUUGGGAGUACAUCAAUAGUCAAAAAGAUUGUAAUAUUACAGAUUUUGCAUUAUUUCUUGUUGAUUUAAGGAAUGUUUGGAAUAAGACUUUGAACGUCAAUAUUGAUUAUGAUGGAUUUGGAGUUAAGGAAAGUAUCGUCCCAUUAGAGACAAAGAGAAUAUUAAUACCCAUCAGAAGAAUUCAGAUUCAGGAUGAUGAUAAUUUGAAAAUGGUUCCAAACUUGUCAAAUAGACAAUAUAUUUUACCAAAGAUUACCAAAGCUGAAGAUCAAUUCAUUAGAGAAGCAUUUUGGUAUCGUGAAGAGAUACUGAAAAAGUUACGUGGUGCGUGGUCAGUUGGUGAUGUUAAAGGUGAAAUUGAAUUCAGGGGUAUUAGAUUAUCACAGAGAAUGCUGAGCGUUCUUAAAGUUGAUAAAGUUGAUAUCAAGGUUGAUGUGGAGGAAGCUGUUGACAAGAAAGGAUUACACCAUGUUUUACAAACUGAUGAGUUUUUCAACGUCAGUAUUGAAAUUCGGAACAACUCUUCGAAUGAUAUUGGCGGUAUUCUAAGAAACAUUCCAAUAGCAUCCAAUUAUGGCAGUAUUGAUAGAAGAUUGUUGUUUAACGGGGUGUUGCAACAACCUUUGAAAAAUUCCAUAAAACCUGGUGAAACUGUUAAGAUUUUAAUAGGUGCAGUGAUUUUGGAGAAAGGUGAAUAUGAAUGGGGUGUUACACUAGAUGAAUUUGACACCGAACAAUCCCAUAUCGCAAGAAAUCCAUUACGAAUUAGAGCAUUUUAA